GAAGAACCCGAGAGGAGCUUGACGGGAAGCGUCGGAGAGAAAAUGCUUCGGCGCGGAGGCACGUGGGUCGAGUUCUCGACCCGGUUGAAGCUUGGGAGGAUCCGAAACCUCUGCACCAGACACGAAAAUGGCGGCAAGAAAGCCGAGGAGAUCGAAUCUAGGGUUGCUCACUACAAUGAGACGUACAAGAAACUGGAGAACCUCGAUUUCAUGACCGCUGCGAAGAUCUUGUUCACCGAGCCACCGAAGAAGAAGAAAUUCGGGUUGGAUUUCCAUCUCGUCCAACUUUUCUUCGCUUGCUUGCCAUCGUUGGCUGUAUAUCUAGUUGCUCAGUAUGCUCGUCGUAAAAUGAAGCUGAUGGAUGCUGAACUGGAAGAGAAGAAGAAGAAGAAAGAAGAUGAACAGAAGGCAAGAGAAGAAGCAGAAACGGUGGCACUGGAAGAACAAGAAAGAUCCAAGUCCGAAGCAGAGCUUGCAGAAGUGAAAGAGAGACUGAUCAAGAUCGAAAAGACCAUAAAGGAGAUUGUUGUAGAAUCAAAGAAACACUCAGGUGACAAUCCAUCUACAACCCAAGCUCAAAGUGGGAGAUGCAAACCGACAGAGGGAUCACAAGAUAAAUCAGAAUCGAGCAAAGAAAACCCGGGAAAAUAGAAGGCUGUUGAACGGAAUCCGCAUCCGGGUAAAGGGAAAGCAAAUCAACCAGCACCAGAUUCAGACAAUCAGAAAGGAAAGAUGCGGAAUGGUAGAUGAACAUUCUCUUCAUUUUGUUCCUUCCUAUUGUUUUGAUCCUUGGUGUAGUUCUUACAAGUAACUUAUGACAAUAUCAUUUCGCUUGUAGUUAUAGUUUACAAUCUUACAGUUUCGUUUUUUUGUCCACUUGAAGGUAUUUU